CGGAGAGAUCGAGCCUCUGAUUACAAAUUGAUUUUUGCGAGAUUACCUACCUAGGUACCUUAGGUACCUAAGGUACGACGCGUACAUAUAACACCAUAGGAUGAAAAGUAUAUAAAUACCCAGCCAACAACCAACAUCAAACUACCGAAUUUAACAGAGACAGCAGAGACACCAAAGACACCAAAGACACCAACAUAACCCUUCCAUCUAUAUUACUCUCAAGAAAAUCCAUCACCCAGCCUUCCAAUUUAAACAUGGGUAAAACCGAGAUGUCCAAAUCGGAUUCUUCCAGAAUCCAAGCUUCGCAGGCCAGAGGUGGUGGUGAUAUGUCCUCAAAGGGCUUCGCAUCUCGGGCUCAGGCGGCGGGAGAUCGCCACCAGUCCGCGGCAUCUGGCGGUCAGGGGUCUGCGGCAUCUGGUGGUCAGCAGACCGCUGGCUACGGCGGUUCUGGAAGCAACACUGGCGGUAGUAAGGGAUCUAAAUAGGAUCUGUUAUCAGAUUUAUCUAUGAGAUUUAUCUAUAAGCUAGGAAAUUGGAAUCGUAUACGCUUGGAUAUGAUGGAGCAGAGCACGGAGUGUUAGAUACCUUAUAGGUACCUCUAACCCAAUAUACACAGGCAGUUCCAGUGCAAUGAAGUGUUUUCAACUCGCACACUUGUGAAUGUUUUACAAUCUCAUAGCUCGGCUGAUGGCAACUUUGUGCAUGGUAACCUUCCUAUUCUUGUCGUCUUAUUUG